AUGAUGCGGCGACUCUUCCCCCGCGCCGCCGGCGCCCUCAGAGCGGCUCCACGGUGCUCUCCCAGGUUGGCCACCAACUGGCAAUCGGCGAGGCUCUACAGCAUCAAGCCCGAGGCUGCCUCCGUGGCCAAGCCCCUCGGCCUCGAUGCUUCAAAACUCACAAUCGAGAAGACCAAGAACCCGGGAACUCUGGGCAACCCGGCAGAGCUCGUCUUCGGCCGCAAGUUCACAGACCAUAUGCUUACCAUCGAAUGGAACCAAGAGCAGGGUUGGCUCGAUCCCAAGAUCGUCCCCUACCAGAACCUCUCUCUCGACCCUGCGACCUGCGUCUUCCACUACGCCUUUGAGUGCUUUGAGGGUAUGAAGGCUUACAAAGACAAGAACAACAAUGUCAGGCUCUUCCGCCCGGACAAGAACAUGGCCCGCCUCAACAAAUCGGCCGCGCGUAUUGCCCUGCCCACCUUCGAGCCCACCGCUUUGAUCGAGCUCAUCUCCAAGUUCGUUCAGCUCGACAAACACUACAUCCCCGACGAGCGCGGCUAUUCCCUCUACCUCCGCCCGACCAUGAUCGGCACCCAAAAGACCCUUGGCGUUGGCCCUCCCGGUUCUGCCUUGCUCUACGUUAUUGCCUCCCCCGUCGGCCCUUACUACCCAACUGGCUUCAAGGCCGUCUCUCUUGAGGCCACAGACUACGCUGUCCGUGCCUGGCCCGGCGGCGUCGGUGACAAGAAGCUCGGCGCAAACUACGCUCCCUGCAUCGUGCCCCAGCUCGAGGCCGCUAGCCGUGGCCACCAGCAGAACCUUUGGCUCUUCGGCGAGGAGGAAUACGUUACCGAGGUCGGCACCAUGAACAUGUUUGCCGCCAUCAGGAACAAAGAGACUGGCCAGAAGGAGCUUGUCACUGCGCCCCUUGACGGCACCAUCCUCGAGGGCGUCACACGCGACUCCGUUCUGUCCCUGGCCCGUGAGAAGCUCGUGCCCGAGGGAUGGAUGGUCUCUGAGCGCAAGUACACCAUGAAGGAGCUCGAUGAGGCUGCUUCGGAGGGUCGUCUCAUUGAGGCAUUUGGUACUGGCACCGCUGCCAUUGUCAGCCCCAUUCGCACCAUCGCAUGGAAGGGGAAGUCCAUCAACUGCGGUCUCAGCGAGGCCGAGGAGUCUGGUGAGAUUGCUCUGAGGAUGAAGGGCUGGAUGGAUGCGAGACAGUAUGGCGAUGAAGAGCACGAGUGGAGUUAUGUUGCUGCGUAA